CUUUAACUUUGUCAUAUAGGUCUCGUAGUACUUCAUAAUUACAACAUUCUGAAUAACAGAGAAAAAGCUGAAUCUUAUUUAUCCAAGUCUUGCAAACUUGAUCAUGUUCUCGCUCGGCUUGAACUAGGUUAUCUCUAUGGUACUUCUAAAGGAAAAGAGGAUCUGGCUGAUGCCUGCUUCACUUUUGUGGAAGAAAGCAAUAAGACAUUGAUCAAUUUCCAAGGAAGAGUAACUGAAACUACGACUUUCCUACGUUCUACUCGAAUGAAGAAUCCCGUGGAAGAUUACCCAAAGGAGUUUAUACAAAUGAAGUUGGCUGCUGCUAUUACUUACAGCUUGUAUGAUAUGGAGCGCCAAGCAGUUGACUGGUUACGUGAGAUUCCACAUGAGCCUCUGAGCCAAAUUAUGCUCUUGUAUUACGAGAUGAAGAAUCCUGCUAAUCGUAAAACUCAGACUAUCAGACGCCUUUCAGCGCUUAUGGCUCCAUUUGAAACAGACCAUUCACUUGAUUAUAAUGCUCGCAUGAUACUCAGCUACGGUCAAUUCCGCUUAGGACAAUGCUUUGAACUUGGCCAUGGGGUUUCUAAAGACGAUAUUACGGCAAUGGAGUACUAUAACAAGGCCUGUGCUUUCUUAAAGAGCAAUGAAAUGUACGAAAAGCUAGCAGAGAUAUCUCAACGAAACGGAUCUACCAAUGCAGCCGACUUGUUUCCAACUCUCUAUAAUGCUGCCCACAACAACAAGGACGCUACAUUUAAGCUUGCUCAGUACUAUGAGUCUCAAGGCACACCUGAGUCAUUGGGAAAGGCAAUCACUUACUUCCGCAAAGCUGCUAAUUUGGGUCAUACAGAAGCAUGCUAUUAUUACGCCAAGUACAUGAUCAAGAAGAAGAUGCAAACUGCAGUUCGACAAGAAGGCGCUGCCUCCAAUUUAAAAAACGCUGCUGAUUAUCUUCGUUUGGCUGCUAGUCGAAACCAUGGCCCUGCCUUUUACGAACUAGGCAUGUUGGAAAUGAAGGCUGGUUUAUACGAAGAAGGUGUAGAAGACCUAUUAGAGGCACACUUUUUGGGCUGUAGUGAUGCAAGCUAUCAACUGGGUGAACUUUACUUUACUGGAUUUAUCGGUGUUGUUCAGGACCAAGUUGUUUACAAGAUGGGCCAAAAUUACGAAACUUCGCUCAGCUAUUACACACGUGCCUAUGAAAAGAGCCCAGGUCAUCUUUUGACCAUGAUCAAGAUUGGCGCCUUUUAUGAACAGGGACUCUCUGUGGAGCAAAACCUUGCUGAGGCUAAGCGCUGGUAUACAAAGGCACGAUCUCUUGGUGCCCAAGAUGGUAUCGCUGAGUAUGCUCUUGGUUGCUUGGAAGAGACAAAUCUAGCUUUAUCAGGCCUUAGGCCUACCAAUUCACUUCGAAAGGCCGCCUAUGACUGGUUCCUAAUGUCCUAUAACCUAGGCAACAGAGAUGCCAAAUUUAAAGUCGGUGUUUAUCUACUCAACAACUGGGUGGACCCUCACAGCUCAGAAAGCGAAAAAAGAGGUCUCGAAAUGCUCAUUGAAGAGAAUAACAACAGUGAACUGAAAGCGAUGAUUGUUCUGGCCAAGUAUUUUGAGAAAAGGGGUGAAUACGAAAAGGCCUUUGACUACUGGAGAAACGCCGAAAUGUUGGAUGACCCUGAGGCAUUAGAAUACAUUGGCAAAUGUUAUGAACAAGGUUUGCUUGGACAGGAAAUCAAUCUUGAAGAAGCACAUGCGUACAAGCAACGCGCGAUGGAAGCCCGUAAGAAUGCAAAAGAAACUCAAUGCAGUGUUAUGGGAUUCAGGUCUGAUUGCUCAGAUGAACGAAACUAAUUUAUAUAUAUUUAUUUAUUCAUAUUUUAUACUUAUUUAUUUUGUAUAUGCUAUUUACUCUUUAUUUGUAAAUUUGUUAUUAGAAUAAGCUUUUUACUUUAUUUGUAUACUAUCCCCAUCCUUAAUUCCUAAUCUGUAAAAAAAACAUAUAUUUAAAAGCACCCUUCCUUAUUAUAAAUGUUUAUGUAACUUAUGCCCCUUUAAAUUAUGU